GCUCUGCAGCGUCGUGGCUCAGUGGAAACAGGCCUCAGCGGCAGGAAUGCGUCUCUGAGGCCGGAGAGCAGCAGCUGCUCCUCCGUCAGAGUGACGUCGCUGCUCCCCCGCUGUAGACCAGCUCGGACUAACUUUCCUAUGAGGGGAACAAAGUGCGGACCCUGAAGGACUCUCUGAGACCUGGACCCUCGGAAUGUUUGGACUCUUACUCCUCGACCCUUCACCCCGCAGUCGAAAUGUUCUCCCCGUGUCUCCGUGUCUGCGCCUCCGUGUCUCCAGUGCUGCUGCUGCUUUCUGUGGUCCUGUCGAGGAGCUGCGUGUGUGGGACCGAGGGGAGCGACCAGGUCCUGGAUCAGACUCAGCUCGUGGAGUUUAACAAAAAGGGUCUGUUCAUCCUGGAGAGCGAGCCUCUGAAGCGCUGCGUCACAGCGGACCGCUCCAACCUGGUCCUGGAGGACUGCGAGCGGCCCACGCGGAGCAUGCUGUGGAAGUGGGUCUCUCGACAUCGCCUCUUCAACCUGGGCACCAGCAUGUGUCUGGGCCUCAACGUGUCGGACACCACGCAGCCCCUCAGCAUGUUUGAGUGCGACCUCAGCCUCCCUGUGCUGUGGUGGCGCUGCAACAAGAACAUGCUGUACGGGCCGUCGCAGUGGAAGCUGGCGGUGGCCGGACGCUUAGUGGUGGUGAAGAAAAACUCGUAUCACCUGUGGAAGAGGCACAACACGCCUAAAGAGGGGCCCUGCUCACACCCGUAUGAAGAGAUCCACACUCUGCUGGGGAACGCUCAGGGCAUGCCGUGUGCCCUGCCCUUCAAAUACAACAACAAGUGGUACUAUGAGUGCACCACCGAGGGCCGAGAAGACAACCUCCCCUGGUGUGCUACGACCACCCGCUACGAUGAGGCGGAGAGAUGGGGCUUCUGUCCUGUUAAAGAUGUGAGCUGUGAGCAGUUCUGGGAGUCGAACCAGGAGCUGCAGGCGUGUUACCAGUUCAACCUGUACACCAUCCUGACCUGGAGUCAGGCUCUGUCCACCUGCCAGGCUCAGGGAGGAAACCUGCUCAGCAUCACCAGCCUGGCCGAGCAAAGGUACAUCGGAGAUCGUCUGGCAGGAGUUGGAGCGAGGGUCUGGAUCGGGCUGAACCAUCUGAAAGACGGGCGGGGGUGGCAGUGGUCUGAUGGAGCACCUUUAUCUUUGGUUAAUUUCACCACAGCUCUCCCUGCCAGCCCCCUGCAGGACAACAAACAGUGUGGAGUUUAUAACUCGGCGUUUGAGGGUCAGUGGCAGAGUCUGUCCUGUGAGUCUGCUAUGCCUUACAUCUGCAAGAAGACGCCCAACAACACGCGCAGAGUGGAGCCGAUUGAGAGCUGGCAGUACAUCCAGACAGAGUGUGCUGAUGGCUGGUGGCCUCAUAACGGUUUCUGCUACCGACUGCUGACCGAGACAGAAGCAGGAAGCUGGGAAGAGUCUGCAAGAGCCUGUGCAUCUCUGGAGGCCAAUCUGACCAGUGUCCACUCCCUGUCUGAGGUGGAACUGCUGAUCAACCUCCUGUCCAACUAUUCUGGGGACAGCACGGAGGUGUGGAUCGGUCUUUGGAAACAGUCGGCGUCACCGACAGUUGAGUGGUCUGACGGCUCCGCAGUGACUCUCACUCAGUGGCAUCAGUAUCACCCUCCACACAACCUGACAGACACAACGCUGUGUGCUAAAGCAGAUAAGAAGGAGGGGAACUGGCUUCUGGCGUCAUGUGAGGAGCGACUGCCUGCCGUGUGUCGGAGAGAGAGUCCCAGUCCUGUUCUGGACCCGGGGACCUGGGAUGAAGGAUGUCCUGAGGGCUGGAAGCGACACGCUCACUCCUGCUACAUGGUGACGACCCACAAGCAGACCUUCUACGAUGCACUGGAUUCAUAUUACUGCGACGCUCCUCUCCUCACUGUGGAGAACAGGUUCGAGCAGGCGUUCGUCAACAGUCUGCUGAGCGCCAGAGGAGCUGACAGCAGCAGGUCUUACUGGAUCCGCCUGACGGAUCACGGGAAGGAUGGAGAGUACGGAUGGACUCCUCACAAAGGCUCCUCGACUCCUCUCACCUUCACCAACUGGAACAAACACCAACCAGUCAGCGGUGAAGGCUGUGUCGUGAUGUCAGGCGGUCCAGCUCUGGGUCAGUGGGAGGUGAAGGACUGUAACUCCCAUAAAGCUCUGUCCGUGUGUAAGCAGAACAUCAGCAGCUUCCACGGAGUCACACUAAUUGAGCAUCACACCGACGCCUUCGCCCCCUGUCCUCCGGGGUGGGAGUCACACUCCGGGCUGUUCCACUGUUUUAAGGUGUUCCACGAUGAGAAGGUCCUGAUGAAGCGCUCCUGGGUGGAGGCGGACUUCUUCUGUCGGGCCCUCGGGGCUCAGCUGGCCAGCUUCCGCUUCUAUGAGGAGCAGGUGUUUGUUAAGGAGCUCCUCAGCACCAUGUUUGAAGGCACAGAGGUCCGCUGGUUCUGGGUCGGUUUAAACAAGAGAGACCCUGAAGACCCCGGAGCCUGGGAGUGGUCUGAUGGAUCUCCUGUGGUGACGUCGUUCAUCGAGGAUAAGAACGAAGAGGACGACCGGAGAGACUGCGCCAUGUACAGCGACCUGACCAACGCUCUCAUGCCGCAGCCCUGCGACAACAAACACGAGUGGAUCUGCAAGCUGGCCAGAGAUGAAGAGCUGAUAAAACCUUACUGGUACACUGAGCAGAGCGAGCCCUGGGUGUUUUACCGUGGAGCUGAGUACCUGCUGGCCAAGCAGCCGUUCAGCUGGGAGGCCGUCUCUCUGGCCUGUCAGAUGAUGGGAGCGUACCUGCUGUCGGUUCACUCCAGAGAGGAGCUGCACUUCAUUAAGGAGCGCCUGAAACGGCUCUCACACGGCCCGACUGAUUGGUGGAUUGGUCUGUCCAUCCCGCAUUCCGGAGAGGAGGUCAGGUGGAGAGACCAGACAGACUUAGACUUUCAGAACUGGGCAGAAGGCGACCCGAGGAAGAACGGGAUGUGUGUCACCAUGUCUUCUUCAACAGGAAAGUGGACUACGAGUAAAUGCAGCGACCUGCACGGCUAUGUGUGCAAGAGAAGGACCGUCUCUGUGGUGGAGACGCCCAGAGAGCCGCACUACAUCGGAGGCUGUCCGGAGAAGUGGCUCUACUUCGGACACAAGUGUCUCCUGCUUCACCUCGUGGAUGACCCAAAGGAGGGAAAGAGUUGGAAAGACGCUCAGUCCAUCUGCUCUUCGUUCGAAGGCUCGCUGGUCGCCAUCGAGGACGAGAUAGAACAAGCCUACAUCACCAUGCUGCUGCAGGGCAGCUCCGUGGGCGUGUGGAUCGGUCUGGGGGACUACGACACCAUGAAAUGGACCAAUGGGAGACCAGUGAGCUACACCAACUGGUCUCCGAUUGAGCCGAAGAGCUACAUCAAUGAGGACGAGUGGGUCAGCGGCUUCGUUGGUGAGAGACUUUGUACCGUUCUGUCCAACAACCACAACUUCCACCUGACGGGGAAGUGGUACGAUGAGCGGUGCAGCGAGAGAUCGUAUGGAUUCGUGUGUCAGAAACCUCAGGAUACCUCCAAACGCCCCGCCCACCCCUCCCAACUCCCUGUCCAUGAUAACAUAGAGUACAGGAGCCGCAGCUACAAGGUUGUGUCUGGGAACAUGAGCUGGUACGACGCCAUGCACAAGUGCAUUGAGAACGACUCUGACCUCGUGAGCAUCACAGACGCUUACCACCAGGCCUUCCUCACCGUCCUCGUCAACAGACUGACGGUCCCCCACUGGAUCGGACUGUACAGUCAGGACGGAGGCAUUAACUAUCAGUGGACGGAUGGCAGCGACACCGUGUACACACACUGGGACGCGGCCGAUGACGACUUUGUGACCGGGGAGUGUGUAUACAUGGACGUGACUGGAGGAUGGAGGAGAGCUGACUGUGAUGCUCCGCUGCCGGGAGCUGUGUGUCACAUCCCUCCACCAAGCAGUAAACCGUUUGUGUCGUACGAGCUUGUGUGUCCGUCCAUGUGGGUGAAAUUCGGACACGGCUGUUACACAUUUGAGCCGGUGAUACAGAAACUGACGUUUGAAGAGGCGAGAGAGCACUGCAGACAAAGAGUCAACACCUCAGACGUCCUGACCGUGGAGAGCGAGACAGAGAGCCGGUUCAUUCUGGAGCAGCUGUGGACCUCAGGAUACCUCCACCAGUCUGUGUGGUUAGGGAUGUACCUCAACAUCGACACUGACUCUCUGUCCUGGGUGGACGGUUCCCCAAUGGACUACACCAACUGGCCCACCAAACCUCCAGACUCCAAGAUGCUGACUGCAGACGCCUGCUUCACGACCCGGGUGGUCGAUGGUUUGUGGCACCUGGCCCUGUGCCAUGAGCGGCUGGGCUUUGUCUGCAAAACCGUGUCCGAGGAGAUCCCGGAGGUGGAAGUGGAGCCGCUGAACACUCUUCAUCAUGGUAUCGUCCCGGCCGCCGUGCUGGUGGCCGUGCUGAUCUUUGCCCUGCUGGCAGGAGCGAUGUGGUUCAUGUACAAGAGGAGCGCGUCACGUUUUCGAGGGCUUCCUACUCUGGGUAACGCUUACUACAGACAAACCAGCUCGCAGGCCACGGAGUCGGACGGGAACGUGCUGAUCACAGACCUGGAGGCGAGCUCAGGAGAAUAACGCUCAGUGUCUGAGCGUCUUUGUACAGGUUUCUCUCCGUUUGAACGUCAGGUACGAGCGCCACGCGACACUGAAGAAGCUGUGAUGCUGACUCCUCAGGACCGCGGAGAGACGAUGAAGGCGAACAGUUUCUGUCUCUAACAGGAGAAGGAGUUUGAAGGAUUUUCUCUCUGCAGUUAAUAUUCAUUUCACAACUUCAACACGACAGAUGUUUGUACAGAUGUUUUUGUGCGACACUGAAGAGUUCACGUUUCAGUUUCUAGACUUAUAAAGAGCACAAAACAAGAGAGAGUUCAAGAAGGAGAGAUGCUUUAACUUUGUAACGAGAGGUACAUGAAGCUGGAUGUUUGUUGUUAUCUUGUGGUACGGUGAUGUAGUCAUAAUAAUAAUUGGUCAGUCGUUCUUUAGGACAUUAUUCGGGUUGACUCAGUUUGUAAAAGUGAAAGAAAAUCUUCGUUCCUCAGAGACAACGAACAGAUUUAAAGAGCAGGAGUUACGGAUCUAUCUCCUGAGGCAUUUUGUACAUUCAGAUUCCAGAGGCUGUGCAAGCUCUCUGCGGCCGCCUCAUCAGUAUUACUUUUAUAUUGUUAUUUUAUUUUUUUAAGCAUACAUGCUGUAAAUUGAUACCAGAGGGUUUUUUUUUCCUGUAUGUUUAUAACUAACAGAACAUGUGAAAGGCUGUAACUGAGGAUUAUUUUGUCUGCUGAUGCAUAUUGUUAGAUGUUUUUUGCACAAUUGUCCUUGUUUUAAUAAAUCAGAGUUAAGCCUUAAAA